AUGAAAACACCCAGAAAUGUGGAAGAUGAACAUUACAUGAACUUCCGAUCAAAACGACAAUACCGUGUGGGGACUCACUCCGAACAAACUAAAAGGAAUAAAAAUCACUCGCCUUCUUAUCAAAACCAAGCAUUAGCAGAGCACACAGAGACAAUGGAUUCUUCUGAGACCCCUUAUGCAUCCCAAGAUAAGGCAGAUGUUGUUUUCAACCCAAAAUAUGAUUUAACUCUUGAAAAUAUUCAAGAACUGUUUUUAACUUUGGUGUGGGGUGAAGGAUUGAUGCCGCCUUGGGUUUCUAUUGAGAAUAAACAUCUUAUUACCAAGGUGGUUAUGCUCUAUAUACCUGGCCUAGACCAAGAUAUGUUCUUGUUGCGGUCUACCCUGCUUCCCAGUUUACGAAAAUUCUGUGACAAAACAAAGUCUAUCCUAUCUCAUGGAGUACGAGAUAAAAUGCAGCCAAUAGAUGAACUCCUGACAUGUCGUGUAAAAAUAAGGGACAAUGAUAGUUCAGAUAUGGAAAAACCUGCUCUGACAUCUCAUCAAGAAGAAUGUGACACAGACGGGCCAUCAUUUACAGAGCUUACAAAAGAUAUACCUUUCCCUGUUACAUUCUAUACACUGACUGAGCAAGAACGGGAAGAUCAUGGAUAUUCUCAUAGUAAACCAGGUUUUCUUUCUACUAUGCCUGCACCUUCAGGAUCUCCUUUUUAUGAGAUGUUGGCACUUGAUUGUGAGAUGUGCCUAACGAGUGAAGGUUUCGAGCUGGCAAGAAUUACUCUAGUGGACAUCAAAGGACAGGCAUGCACUGAAUUUGUUUUGCUAGAUAAAUUGGUUAAACCAUCAAACCCCAUCAUUGACUACUGCACAAGAUAUAGUGGAAUAACGCCUGAGAUGUUAGAUGGGGUGACAACAAGUCUAAAAGACAUUCAGGAAGAGUUCUUAAAGUUUGUUUGCAAGGAGACUAUCCUUGUUGGACAUUCCAUGGAAAACGAUUUAAGAGUAUUGAAAAUAUCUCAUGAAGUAGUCAUGGACACAGCAGUGUUAUACGGAGAUCCCCGAGGAGCAUUUUAUAAAAGUUCUUUACGGUCUCUUGCUAAGCAUAAUCUCGCAAGGACGAUACAACAAUCAGAGAAUGGGCAUGACAGCAUUGAAGAUGCUAGAGCUGCCCUAGAUUUAGCACUAUUGAUGAUCAGAUAUGGCAAGUAG